AUCCUACCCACACAGCCAUGCAUCUCAUCAAUUGCCGUAUUAUUAUGAUCUUCAUCUCCUUCUCCUCCUUUCGGGCUAACCUAUUUUAACUUUGACAAGUCUCCAUAAUUGGUCUCUUGAAGGUUUAUAUUCAAAACUAUCAAAAGAAGUUUCAUAUUCCAUGGCUUUCUUUGAUGCGCUGAGAAUUAUUCUUUCUUUCUUUUUGUUCACAAAAUAUCUCCAGAACUCGGUUCAAGGAGAACCCCAAGUUCCUUGUUACUUCAUCUUCGGAGACUCAUUUGUCGACAGUGGCAACAACAACAACCUCGACCUCGAUAUAAGAGCAAAUUACUCUCCAUAUGGAGUGGAUUUCCCUAAGGGUCCGACUGGACGGUUCACCAAUGGACGCACUGUUGCAGAUAUUAUAGGACAACUUCUGGGUUUUAUUGACUUUAUUCCUCCUUUUGCAAAUUUGACGGGAAAAGAGAUAUUGAAAGGAGUGAAUUAUGCAUCAGGCGGGUCGGGGAUUCGGGAUGAAACCGGAAAGGAAUUGGGUGAUGUAGUGAGCUUGAAUGAGCAGCUCGGGAACCACUUCACCGUAUUGUCAAAAAUUAGUGCGAUUUUGAACAGUGAAUCCGCAGCCAGAGACUACUUAAAAAAAUGCAUAUACAUCGUCAUAAUAGGAACUAAUGACUACUUAAAUAAUUACUUCGUGCCGAGUUCCUAUCAGACCAGCACAAUGUAUACUCCUCAACAGUACGCGAAUGUGCUUGUCAAGCAAUACUCCAAGCAAUUGAAGCGGUUACAUUCAUAUGGAGCAAGGAAGGUGGCCAUUUUUGGGGUAGGGCUGAUUGGUCAACUCCCAACUAUUAUGAGAAUAUUUGGCGAUAACUCUUCUAUGAUCGACGCAGCAGCCCAACUAUUCAGCCGCAAGCUGCUCCCCCUUGUCACUAGACUGAAUAAAAAAUUGACCAAUGCCAAGUUCACUUACAUAAACACCACCAGGAUCGUGACCACGAGUGCUCCUUUAUUAGGUUCAAGUUCAAUGGCUUUCCAUGAUGCGCUGAGAAUUAUUCUUUCAUCCUUCUUGUUCACACAAUAUCUCCACAACUCGGUCCAAGGAGAACCCCAAGUUCCUUGUUACUUCAUCUUCGGAGACUCACUUGUCGACAGUGGCAACAACAACAACCUCAACGUGGAAUUCAAAUCAAAUUACCCUCCUUAUGGAGUGGACUUCCCAAAGGGUCCUACAGGAUGGUUCCCCAAUGGCCGCACCAUUGCCAAUAUUAUAGGACAACUUCUUGGUUUUGUUAACUUUAUUCCCCCUUUUGCCAAUUUAACGGGAAAAGACAUACUAAAAGGAGUGAAUUAUGCAUCAGGCAGGUCGGGGAUUCAGGAUGAAACUGGGCAGCAAAGGGGCAAUGUAGUGACCUUGAAUGAGCAGCUAGGGAACCACUUCACCAUAUUGUCAAAUAUCAGUGCUAUUUUGAAUAGUGAAUCUGCUGCCAGACAGUACCUAAAAAAAUGCAUGUACAUUGUCAUAACAGGAAUUAAUGACUACUCAAAUAAUUAUUUCAUACCGAGUUUCUAUCAGACCAGCACAAUGUAUACUCCUCAACAGUAUUCAGAUGUGCUUGUGAAGCAAUACUCCGAGCAACUCAAGCGAUUAUAUUCCUAUGGAGCAAGAAAGGUGGCUAUAUUUGGUGUUGGGCUGAUUGGACAAGUCCCAGAAAUGAAGAAUAGAUUUGGUGCAAACUCUUCGAUGGUGGACGAUGCGGCUCAACUAUUCAGCAACAAGUUGCUACCCCUUGUCAAUGACUUGAGCAGACAAUUAACUUCUGCCAAGUUCACUUAUGUAAACACCACCGCAAUCGCCCUCACAAGCUCCCCUUUAUUAGCUUUUCAGCAGCCUCGAGAUAGCUGCUGCGAGCUGGUGAAAAAUCUGGGCACCUGCAUUGAAGGUCGCCCACCUUGCCCUUUUCGAGGAUCGUAUGCAUACUUUGAUGGAUUCCAUCCUACGGAAGCGGUGAAUAAAGCCUUUGCGACAAGAGCAUACAACAGGCUUUUACCAUCAGAUGCUUCUCCUUAUGGCAUCAAACAACUCGCGCAGCUCCCAUGA